AGCCCUAUUACAAUACCUUAGAAUCUAUUCUUGUUUAAUAGAUGGUAGUGUUUGAGGUUAAUGUUUGCAUGAUUAGUACCAACAUAACAACUUAAAACGUAGCGUCUGAUUGAACGAACGGAACGAUUUGUUAUUAUUAUAAGUGGGCAUAACCUUUAUUCUUUUUCGCUUUUAUUUUAAUCCAGAAUCAGUGCAAACCCUUAUUAAUUAAUUGUUUUAACUUACACUAAAUGCUACAUUGACUAAUUGUGCCGAAUAAAGUGUGUGAAGAUGUUCUGCGUCCAAGAAAAAGACUCGCACACAGACCCGUUCGCCACAACAGAAAAAGACCCGCUAGCAGCCCAGUCCUCCUCUGACGAUGAGCCCGCCCCGAAACGCCUCAAAACCUUCGCACCGUCCCUCAACCUCCAAGUGUACCAAAUACCCGCUUUCAACAAGGGCCUAUCCAUAUUCCCGACCCCGGAAGUGACACUGCCUAAGUUUGUGAACAAUCCGUUGAACUUGGCGAAUCCGCUGGCGUUGCCAAGUAUUCAAGCCAGUAAUGUGGUCAAGUCGCUGCAUAAUCGAUAUUCUCUGCCGGCCAAGCUGAGUAUAACGCCGGUGCAGACUCCGAAGAGUUGUGAUUCGGGUGGAAUUGUCAGGUAUAAGAAGAAUGGUGAGAUUGCCAAGAAAAGGGGCCCACCGAAAGGCUACAAGAGGAAACCGAAAGUAGAUUUGUCGCAGAGUUUAAAUAACGGAGCACUAUUACAGGCACAAAACACGAUCCUGACAAGUCUUCUCGCCGCCACCAACACCACGCUAAGCGUGAGCCAGCCCAAGCCAGUGCCCGUAGCGCCCAAAGUCACUAUAGUGCCGAAAAUUAAAGUUCCCGAUGGCGUGGAGCUGGUAGAAAUGGCCUUGGACCCUGAGGACUGGUUUCCGGCGGAGCCCUACCGCAUGUCGUACAGCCGCAAGAAGAACCCCAAGUGGAAGACCUUCCCCUACAGAUGUGAACACUGCUUCAAGGGUUACCGAGUAGCGUCGACCCUCCUCCAGCACUCCGGCGAGCGUCACGGCUGCGUGCCCCAGUCCCUCGCCAUCCCGUGCCCCUGCUGCCCCCACGUGAGCCCCCGCCGGAAACUGCACAAGAAACAUCUGGAGACGCACGAGGGGAAGAGGCGGAGGAUAUUCUGCAUCUACUGCCUGCCACCUAGAGACCCAUCAGAGCCCUACGUGAAGGAAUCAGAGAAGUACCCGUUCGAUAAAUUCCCUCAAUACUGGUACGCGUCCGAGGAAUCCCUGCGACUCCACAAGAAGCGAAAACACCCGUACGCCGCCAUGCUUCACUACAACUGGUUCAACACGUGGACCGACGCUAUGCCUAAUAGCUAGUAAGUUAGCUAAGUU